AUGGCUGAUUCUCCUAGCGGUUCAGCAUACAAAAAGAAACGUCACGUAUUCGGACGCCUGAAAGAUAUCUUGCCAGGACGGAACAAAGACAAAGACACACGUCCAACUACCCCAGAUCCAGUCACUCCAGAGCUCGCCACCUCCCCAGGCGCGAACAGCGACCCAGCGAAAGCCGAAGCUGAUAAUUCUGAAGCUAAAAAGUACAAUGCGAGGGAUCGCUGGCAGAUGGCGUACGACGCACUUAGUGAGAGCGACCGGGACACUUUGGCAACUCUUCUCCCCGUGGUGACAACCGCGCCUCAGGAUGCUGGUCGAGCACGGACUAGAGAGAUAUUUGACCAAGUAGUCAAGGCGACAGAGACCCAGUACAAGGAGGAUUCAAGAAAGAGUGGCACUCGGGCAACAGCCCAUAAAAUAUUAAACUGUGUGCUUUCCUUUCAGGAUGUUGUUGACAAUGUGGUGAAAUUCGAUCCGACCGGGUACGCUUCAAGUGCUUGGGCGAUAGUCUCGCUCGGAUUGACGGUAGGUCAUCUCACCGAUAAAAAACAAACAUAA